UCAGUCAGUCCGCCAGCUGCCGGCGGCCCGCGAGCCGCAGAGGGCCGAGCCUUGGACGCCGGCGUCUCCUCCUGCCAUUGUUCGUCCGGCGGCUGCAGCGGCGGGCGCGGAAGCCCGUGCCACCGCAACAUCAUGACAACAGAGAAGAGCUUAGUGGCUGAGGCUGAAAAUCCACAGCACCAACAACAGAAGGAAGAGAGUGAGGGAGCCACAAACUCGGGUCAACAGGAAAUUCAGCUGGAAGAGGCUUCUCAAGCAGCAGCCGAGGGAGAUAAUCAGUGUGAGCAGAAGCUGAAAACAUCUAAUGGAGGCACUCCAACACAUGAAGACUUGACCAAGAACAAGGAGCGGACAUCAGAAAACAGGGGCCUGUCGCGGCUCUUCUCCUCUUUUCUCAAAAGGCCUAAGUCUCAGGUCUCUGAAGAAGAAGGCAAAGAAUUAGAAUCAGCUAAAGAGAAAGGUGAAGAAGGUCAGAAAGAGAUAGAAUUUGGAGCCAGUCUUGAUGAAGAGAUCAUUUUAAAGGCCCCAAUUGCAGCUCCUGAACCUGAGCUCAAAACAGACCCAUCCUUGGAUCUUCAUUCAUUAAGCAGUGCAGAAACGCAGCCUGCUCAGGAAGAACACAGAGAAGAUCCAGAUUUUGAGACUAAGGAAGGAGGAGGACUUGAAGAGUGUUCUAAAAUAGAAGUAAAAGAAGAAAGUCCAGAAUCAAAAGCAGAAAGAGAAUUAAAAGCUUCCCAGAAAUCAAUCAGAAGACAUAGAAACAUGCACUGCAAGGUUUCUUUGUUGGAUGACACAGUUUAUGAAUGUGUUGUGGAGAAACAUGCUAAGGGACAAGAUUUACUUAAACGAGUGUGUGAACACCUCAAUCUUUUGGAAGAAGACUACUUUGGUCUAGCCAUUUGGGAUAACGCAACCUCUAAGACAUGGCUGGAUCCUGCCAAAGAAAUAAAGAAGCAAGUUCAUGGUAUUCCUUGGAAUUUCACAUUUAAUGUAAAGUUUUAUCCACCUGACCCAGCACAGUUGACGGAAGAUAUAACAAGGUAUUAUUUAUGUCUUCAACUUCGGCAGGACAUAGUUGCAGGACGUCUGCCCUGUUCCUUUGCAACCUUAGCGUUAUUGGGUUCUUAUACCAUCCAGUCUGAGCUGGGAGACUAUGACCCAGAACUCCAUGGUGAGGAUUACGUUAGUGAUUUUAAACUGGCCCCAAAUCAGACCAAGGAACUUGAAGAGAAGGUCAUGGAGCUGCAUAAGUCAUACAGGUCCAUGACUCCAGCUCAGGCUGACCUGGAAUUUCUUGAGAAUGCCAAAAAGCUGUCUAUGUAUGGUGUUGACCUUCAUAAAGCAAAGGACUUGGAGGGAGUGGAUAUCAUCCUAGGUGUCUGCUCUAGUGGCCUUCUGGUUUACAAAGAUAAGCUGAGAAUCAACCGCUUUCCUUGGCCCAAAGUGCUGAAGAUUUCUUACAAACGUAGCAGCUUUUUCAUCAAGAUUCGGCCUGGAGAGCAAGAACAGUAUGAAAGUACCAUUGGAUUCAAACUUCCCAGUUACCGAGCAGCUAAGAAAUUAUGGAAAGUCUGUGUAGAGCAUCACACAUUUUUCAGACUGACAUCUACAGACACCAUUCCUAAAAGCAAAUUUCUUGCCCUGGGAUCCAAAUUUCGAUACAGUGGCCGAACUCAGGCUCAGACCAGGCAAGCUAGUGCUCUGAUUGACAGGCCUGCCCCACACUUUGAACGUACAGCAAGCAAACGGGCAUCCCGAAGCCUUGAUGGAGCGGCCGUCGAUUCAGCAGACCGAAGCCCUCGGCCCACCUCUGCACCAGCCAUUGCUCAGAGUGAGGUCACAGAAGGCAGUGUCCCAGGUGCACCUGUCAAAAAAGCAGUGGUUCCUAAAACACAGAAGGAAACAGUGAAGGUUGAAGUGAAAAAGGAAGAAGUGCCAGCUGAGCCAGCUGAGCCAGCUGAGCCAGCUGAGCCAGCUGAGCCACCUGAGCCAGAGCCCACAGAAGUGGAGAAGGUGGAAAAAACCCACAUCGAGGUCACAGUACCCACCUCAAAUGGUGACCAAACACAGAAGCUUGCAGAAAAAACUGAAGAUCUGAUAAGAAUGAGGAAGAAAAAGAGAGAGAGACUAGAUGGUGAAAACAUUUAUAUCAGACAUAGCAAUUUAAUGUUGGAGGAUUUAGACAAAAGUCAAGAAGAGAUCAAAAAACAUCAUGCCAGCAUCAGUGAGCUGAAAAAGAACUUCAUGGAAUCUGUACCAGAACCACGGCCUAGCGAAUGGGAUAAACGCUUAUCUACUCACUCUCCCUUUCGAACACUUAACGUCAAUGGGCAAAUCCCUACAGGAGAAGGAGUGAAGAAAACCUCUAUCCUCCCCUCGGAAAGAAAGGUUGGUGGGCCAGAGAGUAUAAAUGGCAUUCGCACAGAGGAGGUGGCUGCCAUGACAAAGGGGCCACCUACCAACCCUGACCCUGAAUGGGAGGGCCCUGAGCACUCAGUAAUUCCUAGUGAGAGCCAAGUGACCAUCCCGUCGAAGUCUCCACAAAACUUUGACUUUGACUCCCUCUCCAUAAGCAGCAAGGAGACAGAAGAGAAGGAGCAGGGGGCAGCUGGCUAUGUUGAUGUUCAGGAAAUGCCAAGAGGCCCAAGUGGGGAAUGUAUAGGAGUGGAGGAACAGGCCAGUGCCUUAAAGUUCCCAGUGUCACCAGCUUCCUCUCAGCUGCAACUUGGUGGAAAAAAGGCAGAGAGUAGUGAAGAACACGUUACACCAGGAGAGCCACUUGGAAAGCAAAAUGGAUCAUUUCUUGACUCUCGUGUGGGUAACCAGUUCCCCACCCUCAUUCGAAGUUUCCAGCCUCCCCUGGUGAAGACUCAGACCGUCACCAUCACAGACACUGCCAAUGCUGUGAAAAGUGAAAUCCCAACCAAAGAUGUCCCUAUUGUCCACACUGAGACCAAGACCAUCACUUAUGAGGCCGCCCAGACUGACGACAGCAAUGGGGACUUGGACCCAGGAGUCUUGCUGACAGCUCAGACCAUCACAUCUGAGACCACCAGCAGCACCACCACAACUCAAAUUACCAAGACUGUGAAAGGUGGAAUUUCAGAGACCCGAAUUGAGAAGAGAAUUGUGAUCACAGGAGAUGCCGAUAUUGACCACGAUCAGGUCCUUGUACAGGCCAUCAAGGAGGCAAAGGAGCAGCACCCAGACAUGUCAGUGACCAAGGUGGUUGUCCAUCAGGAGACCGAAAUCUCUGAGGACUGAGCUCAGGAACUAUCCUAUCUUCCCACCCCACUCCCUGCCCAUCUCCCAUCUGAGAGAAAACCAGUGGAAUGAUAAAGACGCUAACCUGCAAUAGUGAGACUUCGGAAUUUUAAGAUGACUCUGAACCACCAGAAAAUCAAUUUCAUUUUCUAUGUGGAGUUUAUACCAAGAGAGUCUUCUAGAUAUCAUUGAUCCUUUUGAAUACCUUUUUCUAUAUUGUGAUACCAGAAUUCUCCAACUUUUCACUCUAUGGACUGUUUUUAAAGAGCUUUUUGGUUUUUUUUAUGGGGUGGUUUGUAACCCCUUCAGCCCAGCCUCUCUCCAUUUAUACUGACAGGGUCCACAGCAUUCUUCGGGAAAUCCUCCAGGGACUCUGUCAGCUGUGUUGGGGGCCAAAGCCAGCUUAAUGGGGCUUCCCUGCUCCUCCCCUAGUUUUAUACCCUUUAGAUGACAGCAGAAACUUCAUAAACCAGCCCUUUCUCAGAGCCAAUGAUGUGACUUUACCAGAACGUCAGGCAGGGCAGCUGCCCUGAUCCACAGACCCCAGGAAAAUGUCCCUGUCUGUCCCUUUGCUGAGGGUGGUUUUGGUGAGACAGAGACCUCUGCUAAGAAUGUAGUAUUGUUUUUCCUUCCUCCCUCCUGUUCUUUCUUUUUGGAUCUUUAGAUCAAAGACGUAAGACAUUGCUUCAGAUGUUAUCUGAUACUGUGAAUGUUUGAACAUAUCCGUGGCCUUCACCUUCCUGCCCUCCCUCCCCUUUUACCUCAUCAGAAGCAGUGGCUCUGCUAAGUUCUCUCCCCACCUCCCAUCUCAGGAGACCAAAACUCACGGAAGAAUAGGCACUUUUGGCCAAAAGCACUGAUGGCACAUUUUUAGUGGUGAUUUGGAAAAAGAAAGUUAACAAGAUUUUUAAAAAAGGUUUUUUAGUUCUGGGAAUGUGUGCUUCACACAGGGGAAUGGUGGGGUUUACCUCAGUCAGGUCCUGCUAAGAAGUAUUUCCAGGAGACCACCCCUGGGCCUCUCUCUUUAAUCCUGGGGUGAUAAGGAAAGUGACUCAGAGAGGAGGUGAUUAUGGUCUUUGGCCCUUCUCCUCUCGACCAGCACCUGCCUGCAGAUACCCUUUUGGAGCAAGGGAAUUGGCUUUUAGGGGUCACCCUUCCCACAGAACCCCACUUGAUAAGGGGCACAAGCAUCAGCUCUGCCCAUUCCCGUUUGCCAUCUGAGGUCUGUCAGUUUUUGUGGCUUGAUUUUUGUGGUGGGUUUGGAUUUAAUUUUUUUCUUUUGGUUUUGAAAAUGAGGAUUGAUGUCCCCAGUUCCACUAUUCCUGGUAAAGAUUUGGGGGCAUUUUUAUUCAGUAGGGCUUCUCUAAUCUUCCAGCUUGCUUCCCACAAACGUAUCUGCCUGGAAGUCCUUAGAAUCCUAAUUCUAGGACAGAAAGCGAGCUUCCUGAGUGGGUCACAGUCAGCAGGCAGUCGCUGGAGGCUCCAGGACAGGGAGCAGGAGAGAAGUCUGUUAGCCCCGCUUGCAGCAGCAGGAGCCAGCAGCCUGUGUCCAGACCCUCUACUGACUGAGCUUUGUUUAGACAAACUUGUUGGUUUGAACUGGUUUCGGGUUUGUGCGUUUUUCUCUUAGUACCUGGUUACUAACCAACAGGUAGUUCCUCUGGUAGGGACAGGAAGAGCUCAGGUGGGAUGUGUGACAGCCUUGGGGGAAGGAGAGUGCCCUGUCUCAGGGACGGCUCACAGCCUGGGGGCAUGGGGUGCGGCAUGAAGGGGCUCUCAGGUGGUGCCCAAGCCUGGGCUUUGUUGCCCCUGGCGGUGGCAGGCAUAUGACGUAAGCUCCCUUGCCAGUGGCCAGCUGUCCUGCUGGAACAGCUGCUGGAGCUCACAGAGCUGCAAACUGUGGAACGAAGACCGGGACUGAAAGAGGCGCAGCCUGUGCGUCAGGAACCUGGCACACUGUCUAUUCUGUGCCAUCCAGGUCAGUGUGACAGCUUUCACAGCACAGGACCACAAAUCAGGGGGCCCGAACUUCCCCUCAAUCUGUCACAAAUUCACUACACUUCUCCCUGCUUCCUUGUCUAUAAAUUGGACCCAGAGAUCUCCAAUGCCCUUCCAGCACUGAGAAGCCAUGAUUUGGACAAGCCAACAUGAGGGGGGUCCUUCCAAGCCUCUUUCCCUUUCCUCCCUCGCUGGUUACAGAUCUUGGGAUUUGGCAAUUGUUUGGAUUUUUUUUUCCUCCUGCAAUUGUGCGUGUGCAUGUGUGUGAAGAAAAACAGACUUUCUAGGUGGAAAUGGUGAAGAAGGAAGAAGAAUUCAUUUCCAGGGUCAAAAACUUGGCAGCAGUUUCCCUAAAGUGACUGAGACACACCACAGUAACAACUCUUGCUGCAAUUUUAUUUUUAUUUCACUUAAGAAAUAAAGAUUUCCUCCAAGCCACAUGAGGUCUCUGCCACCUACCCACCCACAAAGCAGGACCUGAAUUUAUAAGCUGAGGGCCCACAGAGCCUGGCUACAGGGACCUGCCAGGUAAUCUUUGCCCACCCCCCAGACCCCACUGUGUGUUCCGCAGGGCAGCUGAGGGUGAGGGGGCAAUAGCCCACCUUGGGAUAUGGAGCCAGAGAAUAGCCUGACCAAUAUCAAGGAAUGCUCGUGGGAAGUAUCUGCCCAGGAUCUCAGCCCCAGGCUGGUUGGUUUUACAAAUCUCUCUCAAAUGUUUUAUUUUGGUGACAAAAAUGAAGGAGCUUUGUAAAUUUUUUUAAAAAUUAUGAAUCAUAUCAAGUAGUUGUUUACAUUUCUUGAUAAAAUAUGAACUGUGGCAGCAGAAUCAAAUUGGCAAAAUUCUUAGAUUAAAUAGAAGGUAAUUAGGUCUGCUGUUUUGGCCUUUUGUAGUAAAAGUGGUGGUAGUGUUUAGAUGUAUGUUUGGUCUUGCUUCUUGUAUUGCAUUUUUCAAUAAAUUAAAAAAAAAA